UCAGCCCGAGGGGUUACAGAAACAACACCCAGCUUCAUGUACCCAUACGGGACCUCCAGCAGCCAGAUGGUGCUCCGAGGGGUGGACCUCUUGCUGGAGUGCAUUGCAUCAGGAGUACCAGCACCAGAUAUCAUGUGGUACAAGAAAGGAGGUGAGCUCCCAGCGGGAAAAACCAAGCUGGAAAACUUUAACAAGGCCCUUCGUAUCUCCAACGUCUCGGAGGAAGACUCUGGGGAGUAUUUCUGCCUGGCAUCCAACAAGAUGGGCAGCAUCCGCCACACGAUCUCGGUGAGAGUGAAGGCUGCCCCGUAUUGGCUGGAUGAGCCGCAAAAUCUCAUUUUGGCCCCUGGCGAGGAUGGCAGGUUGGUGUGUCGAGCCAAUGGGAACCCCAAGCCUUCAAUCCAGUGGUUGGUGAAUGGAGAGCCCAUUGAAGGUUCUCCACCCAACCCGAGCAGAGAGGUGGCUGGAGAUACCAUUGUGUUUCGAGACACGCAGAUCGGCAGCAGCGCUGUGUACCAAUGCAAUGCUUCCAACGAGCACGGCUACCUCCUUGCCAAUGCCUUUGUCAGUGUCCUGGAUGUGCCACCACGGAUACUGGCCCCUCGCAACCAGCUCAUCAAAGUCAUCCAGUACAACAGGACCCGGCUGGACUGCCCCUUCUUUGGCUCCCCCAUCCCCACCCUGCGAUGGUUUAAGAACGGCCAGGGGAACACGCUGGAUGGAGGGAACUACAAAGCACAUGAGAACGGGAGCUUGGAGAUGAGCAUGGCUCGGAAGGAGGAUCAGGGCAUCUACACCUGUGUUGCCACCAACAUCCUGGGCAAAGCAGAGGCCCAGGUUCGCCUGGAAGUCAAAGACCCCACCAGGAUUGUGAGAGGCCCUGAAGAUCAGGUGGUGAAGAGGGGCUCCAUGCCUCGCCUGCACUGCCGCGUGAAGCACGACCCAACGUUGAAGCUGACGGUCACCUGGCUGAAGGACGACGCUCCUCUCUACAUUGGGAACAGGAUGAAGAAAGAAGACGAUGGUCUGACGAUAUACGGCGUGGCUGAGAAGGAUCAGGGUGAUUACACCUGCGUGGCCAGCACGGAGCUGGACAAGGACUCAGCUAAAGCCUACCUCACCGUGCUAGCAAUCCCUGCUAACCGCUUGAGAGAGUUACCUAAAGAGCGACCCGACCGGCCCCGGGACCUGGAGCUUUCAGACCUGGCUGAGAGGAGCGUAAAGCUGACAUGGAUUCCUGGAGAUGAUAACAACAGUCCCAUCACAGACUACAUCGUCCAGUUUGAGGAGGACCGAUUCCAGCCUGGCACGUGGCACAACCACUCCAGAUAUCCUGGGAAUGUCAACUCGGCUGUCCUGAGCCUCUCUCCUUAUGUCAACUACCAAUUUCGGGUGAUUGCAGUGAACGACGUGGGCAGCAGCCUGCCCAGCAUGCCUUCAGAACGAUACCAGACCAGCGGGGCACGACCUGAAAUUAACCCAACGGGAGUUCAAGGAGCAGGGACCCAAAAAAACAACAUGGAGAUAACCUGGACGCCUCUGAAUGCAACGCAAGCAUAUGGGCCCAACCUGCGUUACAUCGUGCGAUGGAGGCGGAGGGACCCACGUGGGAGUUGGUACAACGAGACAGUGAAGGCACCACGGCACGUGGUCUGGAACACACCCAUCUACGUCCCCUACGAGAUCAAAGUGCAGGCAGAGAAUGACUUUGGUAGAGCUCCAGAGCCUGAGACCUACAUCGGCUAUUCGGGGGAAGAUUGUGAGUAUUUUCUUUGACAGAGCUCGUAAGCGUUUCAGAGCUGGAGUCCAUCUAAUGUCAGUGGGUUGGCAUCUAUUCCCUGGGUUGUAUUUAUAGCAUUGCUCCAUUUGGCACAAAAUUGCAGUUUCAGGCAUUGGGAGAAAGAAGUGGAGUUGUGCUCUGGGCUCUGUCUGCAGAUGCCUACGUGACCUGAACCACUUAGCCUCUCCCUUUUGCUCUGUAAAAUAUUCAGUGUGGAAGACUAAGAUUUCGCCAAGAUGAGCUCUGGCUGUAUUCCAGCAUUCCA